GCCGUAAUCUCGCGAUAGCGCGGCCGCUGCGGCAGGAGCAGCGCCAGGCGGGCGGGCGGCCGCCACCCGCCGCGGCACCGGACCGGAGGCACUGUCGCGGUCACGGUCACAGCACACCGGCUGUGGGAAGGCUCCCGGGUUUUUUUCCCCCCUGCUUUUCGUGUGGAACGGAGAGACUGAGCGUGUGCCAGCAUGGCAGAGAAAGCGAACAACUUUCCCCCCCUGCCCAAGUUCAUCCCCUUGAAGCCAUGUUUCUACCAGGACUUCGAUGCAGAGAUCCCGCCGCAGCACCGCACCAUGGCCAAGCGGCUUUACUACCUCUGGAUGCUGAACAGCAUCACCUUGGCAGUGAAUCUCGUUGGCUGCCUCGCAUGGCUCAUUGGAGGCGGUGGAGCUGUUAAUUUUGGACUGGCAAUUCUCUGGCUCAUUCUCUUUACGCCCUGCUCCUAUGUCUGCUGGUUUAGACCUAUUUACAAAGCUUUCAAGACGGACAGUUCCUUUAGCUUCAUGGCCUUCUUCUUCACCUUCAUGGCCCAGCUGGUGAUCAGCAUUAUCCAGGCAGUGGGAAUUCCUGGCUGGGGUGUCUGUGGCUGGAUUGCAGCGAUUUCCUUCUUCGGGACCAACGUGGGCUCAGCUGUGGUGAUGCUCAUCCCCACGGUGCUGUUCACGGGGAUGGCUGUCUUCUCCUUCAUCGCCCUCACUAUGGUGCAUAAGUUCUACCGGGGGAGCGGCGGGAGCUUCAGCAAAGCCCAGGAGGAGUGGACCACGGGGGCAUGGAAGAACCCCCAUGUGCAGCAGGCAGCGCAGAACGCGGCCAUGGGCACAGCGCAGGGGGCCAUGAUGCAGCACGAGACGCAGUACUCGGCCACCCCCAACUACACCUACUCCAACGAGAUGUGAGCAGCAGGACUCUGUCCUCACGCACCAGAUCUUAGGGGGGAAAAGGAGGAGGAGGAGGAAGGCUGAGCCGGAUUUCUGCAGCUAUUCCAGAAAGCUGGAGUGUACCAUAACGGUUCUUCUUUCCCUAUUCUUUGUAACGAGAUCAUUUGGGAUUUGUUUUCUUCUUCGUUUUCCUCCCCGUUACUGUCUUGAGCUUUUCUUUUCUCCUUUCUCUUUCGUUUCGAAGAGGCUGUGAAUUGACCUGCAGGGCUCUUCGUGUGUGUGUGUGUGGUAGUUACAUGUAUGUUCACGUGUCUUCUUUUUCCCUGUGAACUAGUGUGUGGUGGUGGUUUUUAAUUACUGUGGUGAUAGGUGUAUGUUAGAACUCCAUCAGCCAAAAGCCCCCACUCCCAAAAGGGAAAGAUACAAAUAGCAACCAGCACCCAUUUUCCCUCUUGGAAUAAGCCGUGAGCCACAGGUUUCUGAUGUGUGUGUGUGUUUUCUCUUUGAGUUGGUAUCCAGCCACUCACCGCUGUCUCAGCAAGGACAAGCCAUCCCAGGAAUUCACCUUUUUCCCUUGCUUUUUAACCAGGAGGUGGCUGGCUGGGUUAGUAUUAACAAAGAAAAAGAGGGGAUAAGGCAAAAAAGAACCUUUCAAUCCUGAUGGAAGCCAAGAGAUUCCUACCCUACACCCUGGCUCAGGAUCUACGACUUCUCGCAGCGUGUAACUGAGUAGUUUCCAUGCAGUAUCUGUGUGUGUCCAUGGGCAGGAGCCCCAUGUGCUGCGUGUGUGUGUGUGCAUGUGCUGGGGAGCGAGGACAGGUUUUUCCUUGUGGGAUACCACCUUUCCAUCCCGGAUUCUGCAUCCUGAGGCUCUUCUGUCAAGGCUUCUUGAAAAGCAGCUAUAGAAUUGGUGGUGUUCCUCAGAGGAGCUGUUCUUGGGGGAGGCUCUGGGUCACACCAAGCACAUCCAACCUGUGCACUGUGUAAAUAGCGAGGGCAGGAUUUGUCCCUGUUAGCUUUUCAGGUGUGCAGGAAUUUAAGGCUCUUUAGGAAACCUCCAGGCUCCUGGAGAAGGAUUCCUGCUCACUUGAGCUCCUAACAAGCGGCCGUGUAUUUUCUUGGUGUGGAAAUCCCUGCUCCUGUCAGCCCCGAAUCCAUGCCCAGGUAGGGGUCAGUUUGGGCUUUAAAUAAUGAUGUGGCACCUUAGCAGAGGCAGCUGAGCUCAGCCCAGCACCUCCUGGGCUGUAAAUGGGAGCUGAUGGAUGCUGCAGGGCAGGAGCAGGGAAAGCUCCUUCUCAGAGAUGCUUUUCAGACUCUAAAUGCACUUUAAAUAAGCCAAAUUUCUCCCCAAGUCCUAGAAAAGCAGCCCGAACUGAAUCCCAAGCCUAGUUUCCUUUCUAAGGGUGGCACUUGAGUCAUUCUGCAGUAGACUGUCGUCUCCUGGUAAGACUAAACUGCAGCUAACAAUAAAAUGCCUGUCCGUGUGUGUGUACGUGUGUAUAUAUGUGCAAAACCUAAGGAGAAAAGUAAUCCUUUGCUGAGCCUAUUAUGUACUUAAUCAGGUUUAAAUAUUGUGCAAUUCAUUUCUAGCUAGCCGAAAAGUUACUCUGCCAAACCCCGUUGCUCUGUCAUCCAUGUCUGAGAAGUGAUGCAAUGGAAGUGACUUCACCUUUUGCAUUGAUGAUAACUGUACCAAGCUGUAACUAACAGACAUUGCUUCAGCACCUAA